AUUGUUUGCCAUUUCCAGUUUCCAGUAAUGGGAACGAUUACUUGAUCUAGCCAGUUUCAGUUGAAGAUCUGGGAAGACUUACAAAUUUUAAUGGCAAAAUUUUAUCCGUUUCCAUAAAACAACAGAAAAAAAACCAUAACCUGUUUUUGGUACCUGAAGGCAUCACCUCUGAUAAUGAAUAUUGUUUUAUUUUGGAAUUAAGUGUCUGUUCUUCAGGAACGAGAUGUAUCUUGCUCUUCUGGUGAUUUUCUUGCAGUGUUCAGAACUUUACACUCAGGAGAGAGUUUUUACUUUCAACAGAGUUGAAAUCAAGGUUCAGCCAUCUGUCAAAGUAAAGAAUGGAGCUCCUAUGUCAAUUGUCUGCCAUGCUGAUAUUAGCAAAAGUACCGAUUUCCAGCUGAAGCAUAACUUUACAAUUUUUAAGGAUGGCAAGCUUGUGUUCAUGACCGUAUCAGACAAAGGAGAUGCACAAUAUGAAAUACCUGUGGCUAGAUCUUCAGAUACAGGAGACUAUGAAUGUACUGUGGAAGCAGAUGGAAAGGCAAAAUCUAGUAACUCCUUACACGUUUGGGUAACAGGAAUGACUAAGCCAAUCCUGACUGCUGAGAAAAAAGAAGUUUUAGAGGGUGAAGUUGUGAAAUUACGUUGUGAGCUGCCAGAAGAAGUACCUCCUUUAUAUUUCUUUUUCCGGAAGAUAAAGAUGAAUUCAACACCUAAAGAAAAAUUUGUAUUUGAACCACACAGAAAUUUUUCUGUAAUGGAAUUUUCUGUUGAAGAAGAUGAUAACAUUUUACAAUUUGAUUGCUUUGGUCGGAGAAAUGUAAAACUCGAAUUUGAAAGCUCAAAACACAGCAACACAACACUUGUUACAGUCAGGGAACCAUUUAUAAAGCCUACUCUGAAUGCCAAGCCCUCAAGUAAUAUUACAGAAGGAGACAGAAUACAGUUUGAAUGCUCAACUGUGGUAGCCCAAAUGCGUGACAUUGAAAUCAUACUCCAGAAAAACAAAACAAUACUGAGCAGUGUACGAGAUGAGAAACUUUUGAAAUACUCUGCAGUAGCUGCUCUAGAGGACAGUGGUGAAUACCUGUGUAAGGUGGAGCAAGGGAGAACAUCUAAAACCACCAAACUGAAUGUUAUUGUGUCAGAGUUAUUCCCCAAGCCAAUAUUGGCUGCUUCUAUGAGUAAGCUGGAUGAAAAUAAAGAAUUAACUUUGAAUUGCAGCAUUAGUGGUUUUCAGAAAGCUAACUUCUCUAUAUUGCGGAAAAAUUCAAAUGGAGACAUCUGCUUGAAAAAUUCUAGAAACUUAACAAUAAUAGUGAAUGUGAAUGACACUGGAUCCUAUAUCUGUAAAGCUGAAGUAAAAGGAAUAGUCAAGGAGAGCAAACCUGUAAGGAUAAAUGUUUAUGCUCCAGUCUCCAAGCCAACUCUUUCCGUUGUCAGUGGUUUACCGGAGGUGGUAUUAGGGAAGCCUCUACAGUUAAUCUGUCGUUCAGUGAUGGGAACACCGCCAAUAACAUUCACAUUCUAUAAAGGAAAUGAAGUUAAGAAAAUAGUAAUUAAUGAUACAUAUGCUACGUUCUUGGAUGAAAAUAUUAAACAAAAUGACAAAAGAGGAUACAAAUGUGAUGCUAGAAAUAAUCACUCCAGUGGUAUGAAAACUAGCAAUAUUCUAAACAUCACAGUAAUAGUAGCCCUUGGGAAUGCCAGCUUGGGCAGUAUUCCAUAUGGAGAAGUGGAAGAUGGCAGUGAGACUGUUUUUCUCUGCUCUGUGAAAGAAGGAUCUUGGCCAAUCCGCUUCAGGAUUUUUAGAAAAACUGAUCGUGAAGUUCUUCUAUUUGAAAAAAAUGAAAAUGCAGACAGAGUCGUGUGGCGCAAGGAAGCAAUGAACAGGCAGGACACGGGGACAUAUUACUGCGUGGCUUCUAAUCGAGCUAACGUGGAUGUGAAAAGCCAUCCAAUAAGCAUCAGUGUCAUCUUAGCGGCUUGGCAGAAAGGAGUCAUUGCUGCAUUUGUCCUAAUACUUAUCGCAGGAGCAGCAACUCUCGCUUUAUGGUGGUUUUUGUGUAAGAAGAAAAAGGCUAAAGGACCAUCCAUGGAGAUGUCUGGUUCUGCCUUGGCUACAAACUUGACAAGUGAAAAACUGACAAGACAGCACAAUGAUGGAGACUACUAUUCAGGAUCAGGUUACAUUGAAGACAGUGAAAAUCACAUGAAAUCAACAGAUGAGAAUAAAGGACCUGACCUUGAGAGUGCUGAGGUGGAGUACACUGAAGUUGAAGUAUCAACGCUUGAUCCUCACAGAGCUCCUGUACAGAAGGGGACUGAAACAGUUUAUAGUGAAAUCAGAAAAGCUAAUAAUGAUUCUGUGGAAAACAGGCAUUCUAGAAUACAAGGGCAUCCUGAUGCUACUUAGAACAGUGAUCUCAAACAUCAGCUGGGAGAAGAAAACAAGCCAAGAUGGAAGAUGUUGCAAAUGUUUCAAAAGCUCUGCAGCACUUAUUUAUGAGUUUGCCAGGCUCUUCUUUUCAAAGUUUAUUUCCUCAGGGGGAACAAUAGAGAUGUUCCUAAAGCAUUUAAUGGAAAAAAUUACAAAUAAAAAUUCUCAUAGGAAAGUGGCUCUAGAAACCACUGACCUAGGUUCCCAUCUUUAAUUUCUCCUGCUAAUGCAAUUUUGCCUUUCUAGCCUCCAAUUCAUCAUGCUCUGAGGAAAUAAAAGGGGAAGCUACAGCUGAGGAAGUACAUUUCCACAGUGCAGUAACUACUGUGAUGCUAGUAGGAUGUAGAAAUAUCUAAGCUUGCUUUAAACUAGCUAACUUGGUCAUCAAUCGGUAACACUCUACUGCGGCAGAUCAGAGCUCAGCACAGCUUGGCCAGCCAUGUAUGGACUUUGACAUGAUCUUGCAGCUUGCGCUGAACUCCCUGUGCUGCAGCAGCUGGACUGCUAC